AUGUCCAAGCUGGGGGAUCUGGCUGACCCAGACCUUCCACGGAGCAGUGAUCAGAGCUUGGGAGAAGGCCCCGGACUGGCCCGCUGCACAGUGCUGUUGGUCCUGGGACUCUGCGGUGGCUCGCACUCCCGCAAUGUGCUGCUAAUUGUUGCGGAUGAUGGAGGCUUUGAGAGUGGCGCAUACAACAAUAGUGCCAUCACCACCCCUCACCUGGACGCCCUGGCCCGCCGCAGCCUCAUCUUCCGGAAUGCCUUUACCUCAGUCAGCAGCUGUUCCCCCAGCCGUGCCAGCCUCCUCACUGGCCUGCCCCAGCAUCAGAAUGGCAUGUAUGGGCUCCACCAGGAUGUACAUCACUUCAGCUCCUUCAACAAGGUGCGGAGCCUACCGCUGCUGCUCAGCCAGGCCGGAGUGCGCACAGGUAUCGUUGGGAAAAAGCACGUGGGUCCGGAGGCGGUGUACCCCUUCGACUUUGCAUUCACGGAGGAGAACAGCUCUGUGCUGCAAGUGGGGAGGAACAUCACUAGAAUCAAGCAACUAGUCCAGCAAUUCCUGCAGACUCGGGACGACAGGCCUUUCUUCCUCUACGUGGCUUUCCACGACCCCCACCGCUGUGGGCACUCCCAGCCCCAGUACGGAACCUUCUGUGAGAAGUUUGGCAACGGGAAGAGCGGCAUGGGGCGCAUUCCAGACUGGACACCCCAGACCUACGACCCUCAGCAUGUGACGGUGCCUUACUUUGUCCCUGACACACCAGCAGCCCGCGCAGACCUAGCCGCUCAGUAUACCACCAUCGGCCGGAUGGACCAAGGGGUAGGACUGGUGCUCCAGGAGCUGCGAGGUGCCGGGGUGCUCAACGACACCCUCAUCAUCUUCACAUCUGACAAUGGGAUCCCCUUCCCCAGUGGCAGGACCAAUCUGUACUGGCCCGGCACAGCCGAGCCCUUGUUGGUGUCAUCCCCAGAGCACCCACAACGUUGGGGCCAGGUCAGCGAGGCCUACGUGAGCCUUCUGGACCUCACCCCCACCAUCCUGGACUGGUUCUCCAUCCCGUACCCCAGCUAUGCCAUCUUCGGCUCAAAGACGGUCCAGCUCACAGGCCGAUCCCUGCUGCCCGCGCUGGAGACGGAGCCCCCGUGGGCCACCGUGUUCAGCAGCCAGAGCCACCAUGAGGUCACCAUGUCCUACCCCAUGCGCUCCGUGCACCACCAGAACUUCCGCCUCAUUCACAACCUCAACUUCAAGAUGCCGUUUCCCAUCGACCAAGAUUUCUACGUCUCGCCGACCUUCCAGGAUAUCCUGAACCGCACCACAUCCGGCCAGCCCACGGGCUGGUACAAGGAUCUCCACCAUUACUACUACCGGGAACGCUGGGAACUCUACGACGUGAGCCGGGACCCUCGAGAGACGCAGAACCUGGCCGCCGACCCACACUUCGCUCAAGUGCUGGAGAUGCUGAAAACUCAGCUGGUCAAGUGGCAAUGGGGGACGCAUGACCCAUGGGUGUGCGCCCCUGACGGCGUCCUAGAGGAAAAGCUUACACCUCAGUGCCAGCCCCUUCACAAUGAGCUCUGACAGCCCCUGGGGCCCCUGCCAGCCCUCCGAGACACAGAGGGGCCAAUGGAGGCGGUGCCAAC